ACACACACUCUCUGUCUCUUUCCUCUUUCCAACGGCCUCGAUAAUAGCACCAGCAAUUAUCUUAAAUGAAAUUCAUACUAAUAGAGAUUCAUUAUGUUAAUAAGCAACAAAUUGUGAGAUUAUAUAAAGACACACAGACAAGCUAGGAGUCCCAUUCAGAGAGCGAACAGAGACACAGACACAGGAACUAACCAAACUGAUGCUAAACAAAAGGUUCUCCUCCUGCGCUAACAUUCUGGAGGAUUUUUCUAAACAAAAUAUUGAUUCUGCUCAGAGUUAAAAACUUCCUUCAAGAUGCAGAGUGGUUAUACCAUCAUAUGUCUUUCAUUGCUUCUGUCAGCACAACUGUUUACUUCAGAAGGGGUAGCACUCCUGAGUCCAGCAAAGCGAGGAUGGACUCUGAACAGUGCUGGAUAUCUCCUAGGGCCUUAUGCCCAUCGGACCCUGGCGGUGCGGCACCGCUCGCUGCUGGACAAGAGGAAUCUCUGGGAGGAGGAGCCUCCCACACAGCCCUCCCACCAGCCCCCAUACGGCACUGACUCCGAUGACCUUCAAACCCUUUUGGACCUCAUCAUGUACCUGCGACUAAAAGAGACUGGGACUGUGAGAGAUUUGAACAGCGCUAUGAUUCAGGAGGACAUGAGAGCCUAGCACUUGUGUUUGUCCACCUGACUCAUUCCGACAUUGUCAGGCAGAGGAUCGACAAGAAGUAAGACGAUCAUACCACGGCAGUUUGAACACCUGACCUUACUGUUCUCAAAGAUGAACAUGGUGUUACUUUAUGACCCAGUAGCUCUGUGUCCACUGUUGCUUUGUAUGCUGUUUUUUUUUGUCCCAUGCAUCUUCUCCAGUUGUAAGCUACUUUAAAAAAACUAUCCCUUCAUGUUUUUUUAUGUAUACCUAUUUAUUUUGAACCAGAGAAUA